AAUGUUAUAUAUCUGAGUCGACCGUGAAUACCGUAUUUGUAGCCGAAGCAUUUGGUCUCUUAUUUUCGUCUCUAACCACAUACUCGACAAAGUAUCUCUUUUUCUCUUUCUUCUAUGAUAUCUUCUUCUUCACCUCUCUAUAUAUGGAGGAUUGGAUAUGAUACGCAUGUUCCAUAUCCUCUUUACUUACUAGGGUUUCAGAUAACGAAUCAAACAAUCCGUACUUACUGAUCAUACUAUUAUAGCCAAACACACACUCAAAUUUGUCUAUCAAGAACUUAGAAUUAUAUAUAAAUAGAGAGAGAGAAAGAGAUGUUUCAUUUUCCAGUGAGUCUUGGAGGUCAAGGUGACAAUUUGAAGCAGACACAACCAUUGGAUGAGCAGCAUCAUCGGCCGAUGAUGGAUGAGGUUGACUUUUUCAGGUCGGAGAAGAGAGAUGAUCAGAAUGUCAUCACCGAGGAGACUCAUAGGCUUCAUGUCAAAAGGGAAAAUUCACGUGUUGACGGUGAUGAUGAUCGUUCCACGGGUAUCAAUACUGGACUUAAUCUUCUCACUGCGAAUACGGGAAGCGACGAGUCAUUGGUGGAUGAUGGAUUGUCUGUUGAUAUGGAGGAGAAACGGACAAAGAUUGAGAAUGCACAGCUUCGAGAAGAGCUAAAGAAGUCGAAUAAAGAGAAUCAAAGACUAAAGGAAAUGCUAAGUCAAACAACCAACAAUUUCAACUCCUUGCAGAUGCAACUUGUUGCUGUCAUGAGGCAACAAGAAGAUCAUCAUCACUUGGCUACGAUCGAGAGUAAAGACAAGGACACUAACCGACAUGAAGCUCCUGAGAUGGUUCCAAGACAGUUCAUCGAUUUGGGAAUACCAUCUGCUGAAGUAUCAUCCGAUGAGAGGGCAACGGUUAGGUCAAAAUCUUCCCCAUCGCUUCUGGAGAACUCUAGCUCACGUCAGCGCCCAAAAAGAGUACUUGAGAUAGAAGAAAGCCCAGAGAACGAAUCUAACGGUUGGGGAAACCCUAGCAAAGUUCCGAAACACAAUGCCUCUUCUAGUAAUUUCAAUGGAAAUGCUAUGGAUCAAUCGGCCGCUGAAGCCACCAUGCGUAAAGCCCGUGUCUCGGUCCGUGCUAGGUCCGAAGCUCCCAUGUUAAGCGAUGGAUGUCAAUGGAGAAAAUACGGACAGAAAAUGGCAAAAGGAAACCCAUGCCCUCGAGCUUAUUACCGCUGCACGAUGGCCGUUGGAUGUCCCGUUCGCAAGCAAGUGCAACGUUGCGCAGACGAUAGAUCUAUUCUCAUAACAACCUACGAAGGAAACCAUAACCAUCCAUUACCUCCGGCAGCUAUGAACAUGGCUUCAACCACAACCGCAGCCGCAAGCAUGCUCCUCUCAGGCUCCACGAUGUCGAACCAAGACGGUUUAAUGAACCCAACAAACCUCUUUGCUCGAACCAUGUUGCCUUGCUCCUCAAGCAUGGCCACGAUCUCAGCCUCUGCACCAUUUCCAACCAUUACACUAGACCUCACAGAAUCAGCGUCCAACGUUAACGGUCCAGCUAAUAACAACCCAUUGAUGCAAUUCUCUCAACGGUCUGGUUUAGCGGAGUUGAACCAAUCGGGCUUGCCUCAGAUGAUGGGCCAGGCUUUGUUCUAUAACCAACAACAGUCCAAGUUCUCCGGUUUGAAGAUACCAUCUGAGUCUCUGAACGCUGGUGAGAGCGUCAGCGCCGCUAUGCCCGCCAAUCCGAACUUUGCAGCGGCUCUAGCCGCAGCCAUCACGUCUAUUAUCAAUGGUUCCAAUAAUCACCAGAAUGGGAGCAGUAACAGCAGUAAUAAUAACGUUACGACGAGCAGCGGUGACAGGCAAUGACAUUUUUAAAAACAAGUUUUAGGUUUGACAUUUUAAAAAAUAAGUUUUAGGUUUGUUUAUUUAUCGACCGAUUUUGAAUUGUUCUGUCCUUUUUUUACAUUUUGGAUUCUAGUUUGGCUUUUAGCGUCUUCUUUUUUUCCUAUAAAUAAGAGUCUUGAUAGCAAUUUUUUUAGUUGCUUGAUAGAAAAUUUUGUUCUGGAAUAGAAUCUGCCUUUAGAGAAACAAUCUCUUAAGAUGUUGUGGGUUAACGAACAUAAGACAGGAUUUCAUUACAUUAAACUAUUGAAGUAAAAAGCAUCCUUAUUUGGUGAGUA